AUGCCAGCCCAGGGAUCCAAGAGAGACCCGGCAGGCCAAGAGGGGUGCGGGGAGGACAUGGGGAGCGCUUCAGGAGCAGAGGAGCUGACACGGCUGUGCACACAGGGAGCGGCUGGGGUGUUGGUUGGGAGACUGGUGCUGGAAGGUAGCAAACGAGCAGACAGGGAACUUGGUGCUUCUGGUGCGUCCACUGCUGCUGCUGCCUCUGCUGGUGCUGCUGCUACUGGUGCUGCUGCUGCUGGUGCUGCUGCUGCUGGUGCUGCUGCUGCUGGCGCUGCUGGUGCUGCUGCUGCUGGUGCUGCUGCUGCUGGUGCUGCUGCUGCUGGUGCUGCUGCUGCUGGUGCUGCUGCUGCUGGUGCUGCUGCUGCUGGUGCUGCUGCUGCUGGUGCUGUCGGUGCCGCUGCUGUUGUAGGUGGCUGGGAUGCUGCUGCUGCAGGGGACUCUGAGAGCAUAUCUGCGCACAUCCAUACAGGGCACACGUGGUAG